AUGUCUGCCACUGGUCCUCCACCUGUCACAGCUUCUAGUUCCGGCAGACCUCGUCAACGUCGAGGUCCAAGAAGAGGUCGAGGAGGAGCUACGAGCACACCACAACCAGCUGAUCCCUCACUGGCUAUUCGCCCAGCUUCGGUCACACCCCAAUCAACUCAGACAUCUACAUCAUCUAGAGGGAAUGGCAGACGGGGUGGAUACAGAGGCAGAGGGAGAGGUGGCGGGCAACUGUUGGUCAAUGGACAGAGAACAUUCGGAGGGCAAUUGACUGCAGCAACACCAAGUGAAGGAUCUCUGGCAGGAGAUGCUCCUGAAUUUAUACCUGGCCAGCCAGUCGCACCACGAGCUCGAACUCACCAACCACGAAACCCACCUCGCCGCCGAAUGUCGAAAUCCCAAGCCCCGGAUAUUGCUACAAGAGUACACGAGGAUAUCGCAAACGGACAAUACGAAUGCGUGAUCUGCACAAACGAGGUUCAAUCGAACUCGAAAGUCUGGAGUUGCAAGAUCUGUUGGUCGGUUCUACAUCUAUCCUGUGUGAAGAGAUGGUCCAUGAACGAUGUUUCCAAGCAGGAGUCUGCUGCCAUGCACAACGAUGAACUCCCCCCACCAAGACAGUGGCGCUGCCCCGGUUGCAACGUUCCGAGAGCGGACCUCCCGAAUAAUUAUUCUUGCUGGUGUGAAAAGGAGAUUGAGCCUCAGUGGCUCCCGGGCUUGCCACCACAUUCUUGUGGACAAUCAUGCUCGAAACGGAGAGGUGGUUGCCCACAUCCUUGCGAAUUGAUCUGCCAUGCUGGUCCUUGUCCACCUUGUGGUCAUAUGGGUCCUUCGUUAUCUUGUUAUUGUGGGAAGGAGACGAGUACUAGGAAAUGCAUUGAUACGAAGUAUGAGGAUGGUUGGACAUGCGGCCAGGUUUGCGGAGAAGAUCUACCAUGUGGAGAACAUACUUGUGAUCGAGAGUGCCAUGAAGGUUUAUGCGGAAGCUGUGACGUGGAAGUGAAAUCGAGGUGCUACUGUGGACGUGAACAGAAGACCCUGAAAUGCUCAGAACGAGAAGAUCAGAUGGAAAGCCAGUCGAAGGAUGAGACUUGGAUGGGAUCAUUCAAUUGCGGAGUGGAAUGCCGAAAGCCAUUCGAUUGUGGGAAUCCAAACCAUUUCUGCGAACAACCAUGUCAUGUUCAAGAUCUGGAGCCAGCCCACUGCCCGCUUUCACCGGAUGUCGUUACGCAUUGCCCAUGUGGCAAGACGCCAAUGGAAGUCCUACUUUCGGAACCUCGCUUAGAUUGUUCAGCACCAAUACCACAUUGCCCGGAGAAAUGUCAGAAGUUACUUGCUUGUGGCCAUCUUUGCGAACAGAAAUGCCACGGUGGAAGCUGUAGACCCUGUCUUCAAACAGUUCAAAUCACUUGUCGAUGUUGUAGGACAACUUCCAACUCAGUCUGUCAUCAAGGUCUUGAUGAACCACCUCAAUGCCCUCGGGUCUGCCGCUCUACCCUUAAUUGUGGACGACAUGAAUGCGGUGAACGUUGCUGUCCUGGAGAGAAAAAGGCCAAUGAACGACAAGCUUCAAAACGGAAGCAUCGAGCCCUUAACGCACCAGCUAAUGGAGAGGAAUAUGAACCCGAGCACAUCUGCUUAAAAGUCUGUGGCCGACCAUUGAAGUGUGGAAACCAUACUUGUGCUUCGCUAUGUCACAAGGGACCUUGUACAAGCUGCCUGGAGGCCAUCUUCCAUGAUAUUAGCUGUGCAUGUGGCCGGACUGUGCUUCAACCACCUCAACCAUGCGGUACAAAGCCACCCGAGUGCCGAUUUGAGUGUACCCGACAACGAACUUGCGGACAUCCUCAAGUUAAGCAUCAAUGCCAUGAAGCUACUGAGGAUUGUCCCAAGUGUCCGUUCUUAGUCGAGAAAGCUUGCAUCUGCGGGAAGAAGACUCUAAAGAAUCAGCCAUGUUGGUUCACAGAGGUUCGGUGCGGUUUGCCUUGCAAUAAGAAGCUCCGAUGUGGCAACCACUUUUGCCAGAAGAUGUGCCAUCGUACAGGGCAAUGUGAAGAUCCGUGCACUCAGGCAUGUGCUAGAAAGAAGACAGUCUGCGAACAUACCUGCCUGGAUCCAUGUCAUGCUCCGUAUCCUUGCAAAGAAGCCACACCAUGUCAGGCAAAGACCUUCAUCACUUGUGAAUGUCAAAAUCAGAAGCAGGCUAACAGAUGCCUGGCCUCGAAGACUUCGCCCGGUAACUCUGAGAAGACUUUGGAGUGCAACGAUGAAUGCUUGAGACUUCAACGGAACGCGAAACUCGCAGCAGCGCUCAAUAUCGACCCAGCAACUCACACCGAUGACCACAUUCCAUACUCUACGACAACCCUCUCUUUCUUCGCAGACAACCAGAAGUUUGGCCAGCAGUACGAACGGGAAUUCAGAGUCUUCGCCGCAGAUGACAAAGAGAAACGCCUUCGCUUCAAGCCGAUGCAACCACAUCAACGAGCCUUCAUCCAUGCCUUGGCCGAGGAUUUCGGUCUCGAUAGUGAGAGCCAAGAUCCAGAGCCACAUCGACACGUUUGCAUCUUCAAGACUCCGCGAUUUGUAUCAAGCCCUCUGAAAACACUGAGCCAGUGCGUCAAGAUACGUGCAGCUCCAGUUCCAGAGCCUAGUGUCUCCAAGCCACUUGUCUCGAGUGCCGAGCCGUGGAACGCAUUCCUUCUAUGCAAUCCCAAGUUCGGAAUCACUAUCGACGAGCUGUAUGCAGAUCUGAAGCCUGAAUUUGCAGCGGCUGGCAUCGACUUUGAGAUAUCUUUCCUUCCAUCUGGGGACGUCGUGCUCAAAGCUCUAACCAGCACAUCCUGGCUGGUCAAGAUCGACAAAGAGCUGGCAGCUAUCAAGACUUCCGUCAGUAAAAAGGUGUCGAGCCUUGGCCUCGCGUCAUCGACGACUCUUUGUGCAGUGGACAGCAAUCUCAAUGUUCUGAGAAGAGAAGAUGAGAACAAGGCGAGUGGAGGAUGGAGUCAGGUCGCCAAGGGUGGAUCUGCCUUGAAAGUUGUGCCCCAGGCUACUGUUGGUGCCAAGAGCAGUUUUACGGUACUUGGGACCAAGAAGAUGAAGGAGCAAGAGAAGAAGAAGGCUGUUGAAGAAGCAGUGGAUGAUUGGGAGGUUGAGGCUGAUGCCGUCUGA